GAAACCUAGCACACCGUUGUUGCCGGAGAAUGUUUACGGGCGGUAAAUAGUUUCCUUCACCUAGCCCGCAAGCAAGGUUUUGUGAAAAAAAAUUCUUCUUCACUAGAAAAUUUAGGAAAAACUGAUAAACCACAGAUUUUAAAGGAUAAUGGAUAUGUUCAUCGAUCUUUUAUGAAACAGAGUUCGAGUGGGAUUUAUAAGUGACAAAGGUGUAACUGUACUGUGUGUAUUCUAUAAAAAUGGGUCAUUCAGAAGUGAUAUAUUGCUCAACGAAGAAAUGUACAAAUAGUAAUCCGAAAUGGACGUGGAAUUGUAUGCCGAUACGGAUACGUACGAAUUUGUUCCUACUGCUGAUUGGAAUAGCUUCCGUUUCGGUCUUGAACCAAACCGAGGCCGGAUUCGCCUGUCUAAGCAACCCGUGUAUCUUCGGUGUGUGCAUCGAUGAUUUGAAUAGCACAUAUUCCUGUUACUGUAUAGAUGGCUAUACCGGAAUACACUGCCAAACUAACUGGGACGAAUGUUGGUCAAACCCUUGCCGCAACGGGGGCACGUGUAUAGAUGGAAUUGCAUCCUACAACUGCACGUGUCGAGACGGAUUUAUAGGAACCAACUGUGAAGAGAACUUCAACGAAUGCCUUUCGAACCCGUGCCAGAACGGAGGAAGCUGCUAUGAUCAGGAUAAUGCAUUCAUGUGUAGCUGUGCUGCUGGCUUCGUGGGAGUGUUCUGUGAGACAGACGUUGCCGUGUGUGAGACGGGCGAUCGUUGCCACAACGGUGGUGAAUGCAUAGAGGGUCCGGGGCUAGAGUUUUCUUGUCAGUGCGUCGAAGGCUACGAAGGGAAGUUCUGCGAUAAGGAAACAGACGAAUGCGAGUCGUCUCCUUGUCAAAAUGGUGGCAUCUGUAUCGACAAGUUCGCCAGCUACACGUGUGCCUGUACGAUGGGAUUCAGUGGCGAUAACUGUGAAGAAGAGAUCAUGUACUGUGAGAGUUCUCCGUGCGCCAACCAGGCCUUAUGUUUAGUGGAAGAGAGUGAACCUAUAUGCUACUGCGUGCCAGACUUUCACGGUGAACGAUGUGAGUUUCAGUACGACGAGUGUCAACUUGGGCCGUAUCCUAAAUGCGUGAACGGAGGAACUUGUAUAGAUGGGGUAGAUGAAUAUUCCUGCUCUUGUGCCCCUUCGUUCAGUGGAACAAAUUGUGAGUGUUUAGUAUUGGAGGACUCUCAAAUGGAUUGCAAUUAUACAGCUCCCGAAAUGACCACAUUGGAAUAUGCUUCGACAGGUGUUUGGUUCGAUUCAACUUUCAGCACUAAGUAUUCAUUUAGUGUUGACACAGAUUCUAGCAUGCCAAGCGUAACUUGGCGUCCUGGAAGUACAAUUGAAUCAACUACCCCGACCUUGUACUCCAACGUAUCAGUAACGUAUCAACCGGAUAUGGAGAAUACUUCAUACACAUCGGUAAGCGGAAUGCCGUUUUCUACGAAACCUACAUCAAUAGAAACCGUGACUAUUAUUGAAGGAAUGACGGAAACCACAGCUUACCAAUAUGCAACUAAAGUUUCGACUGAAGCUAUCGAAGGGGCAGUUACAACUGGGGAGAUCUCCAUGAAUCCAGAUCUAUCUACAUCAGCAAUAGAAACAGGGCCAGAAACGAUUACAACAUCUAAGCCAGAAAUAACCUUCACAACUUUACAAGUUGAUGAUCAAAAAACAUCAUCUGGAACAUCAGAUGAUGGUGAUUCAGCUACGACGGGUAUUAGGGAUUCUUCAACAACACUUGGUGGAGUUGUAGAUAUAGCUACAACAUCUAGGGCAUCCACCCCCCGAGAAGUUUCUACAGAACCCGUGGAGUAUACUGAUUUCGUUGAUAAGACCACUGAAGGUGCUAUACACGAAGUUUCAGUAAAGCCUGUCGACGAACCCAGAACAUCACCGGCCACGGCUGUAGAAGCAGGAAUACCAACGUCUACAGAAUCAACGGACAUUCCACUCGUAGAUGUUACUUUAACUCCGUUCUUUACAGAAUCGCCAGGAAACAUAUCAACAUCAACACCACCAGUUGAACAAGUAACAAUGUCUACCUCUACUACAACGUCCUCCUACGAUACCGCAUCAUACUUCCCUACCAGCCCAGUUGAAUUUUCGUCUUCCUCUGUUACUUCUACAACGACAACCGUUUCAUCGCCAAGACCGACCGACGUAAUCAUCACUGAAUGUGACGACAAAGUAUGUGCUAACGGAGGAACCUGUUCAAUGACCCAUGGUGGAAUCAAGUGCCAUUGUGAUUUCCGCUAUAUGGGAACGUACUGCGACAUUCCUGUCAGCAUUCAAAAUGCUGCAUUCUCGAGAGACUCGUUUCUGAGACAUAUCAUUUACCGGCGAAACGACAGUGAAUUUCGAAAUAUCACUCUCGAGCAAAUGCUACCAAUAAGUGUCAGAUUCAAUGCGAAGAUGACUUCCCGGGAAGGGUUGAUCAUGCUUGCUGCAGCCGAAGGGAAUGAAGGCAGUCAUUAUGUGGCACUAUUUCUUCAUAAAGGGCUGCUACAGUUUCAGUUUUCUUGUGGACUUCAGACAAUGCUGUUGAGUGAAAUUGAAGGACCAGUCAACAAUGGAUAUGAGCUACAGAUCAAAGUGGAAUUGAACUUCAACAAUCGUCUAACGCACUGCAAUGCGUCUCUUCAUGUAAACGAAACGCUUGCCAUGAGUGGAGAACAACCAACAUGGCUUAUGAAUAUGGAUCUUAAUGGAGAAAGAAACAGUACAACAGUUCCUAUCAGACACAGCUGGUUGCAUUUAGGUGGACGACCAAUCAAGACCAUGUAUACGUUGAGUCAUAACAUCUCCCGGUAUCAAGGAUUUACGGGAUGCAUUUACAAUUUGGAAGUGAACCGCAAACCGACUGCAGUUUUUGAAAACGCCGAAGAUGCCUUCAGGAUCUAUGAGUGUACUUCACUGGCGUGCCUGUCCAGCCCUUGCAAAAACGGGGCCAUCUGUGUAGAAGAGGAAGGCACUACCCCGGAAAGUCGAUAUAAAACUAACAUUCAAGCUACCUGGAGCUGCAAAUGCGCAUUCGGUUACAUGGGAAGAACAUGUGAACGUUCAAUAUGUGACAACAAUCCCUGCAAGUAUGGAGGAACGUGCGUAACCUUUCCGGAAAGUGGUUAUCUCUGCCUAUGUCCUUAUGGUAAGCACGGCCACUUGUGCGAACACGAUCUGGACAUUCUGCAGCCAUCAUUUUUCGGCAGUAUCAAGGGUCUCUCGUCGUACGUAGCAUAUCCAAUUUCGUUUUCGUUGGAGGAUCGCUUCGAGUUCAGUUUCAAAAUUAUUCCAACAACGAUAUCGCAAAUAUCGUUACUUGCGUUUGUUGGGCAAUUAGAUGAUCACUCAGAGAGAAGUGACCACUUUUCCGUUAGCUUCAUUCAAGGGUUUAUUCUGGUCACGUGGAAUUUGGGUAGCGGUCCCCGUCGAAUCUUCACACAGCAGCCAGUGCAUGUUCAACCCUCGCGCCCUACUUCUAUCAACGUUGGCAGAAAUGGACGGCUAUCAUGGUUGUCGAUUGACGGGAAGGUUAACAUUUCCGGGAAUUCUCCGGGAAGCAGUAGCAAACUAAAUGUGUCACCUCAUUUAUUCAUCGGAGGUCACGAACAGGCGAAUUUUUCAAGCCUACCUCACGACCUACCACUACAUUCUGGAUUUCAAGGAUGCCUGUUCGACAUUCACAUAGUAGCUGGGCCUGUACAUAUCCCAUUACAGCACAUCGGAGGUAUGCGUGGUCGAAGUGUUGGACAAUGUGGAACUAAGGAAUGCCAUCGACACGCGUGUCAAAACAACGGUGCUUGUCUGCAGCACGGAUCCACAUUCACGUGCAUCUGUCAGGAAGAUUGGAAUGGCUUAUUAUGCUCACAAAAAAAUAAUCCUUGUGAUGAUACUAACAAGUGUUCCGCAGAAGCAAGUUGCUUCCCACUAAUAUCAGGCUAUGAGUGCGACUGUCCAUUUGGAAAGAUCGGAAAACGCUGUGAGGCCAAUCUCAAAUAUCUCAGCGAUGUAUCCUUUUCUGGGAGACGAUCUUACCUUGCUCUCAAAUGGCCUGCAGUCAACAGUGACUACUCCUACCUAGAGAAUGAAGUUCGGUAUGAGAAGAUAGUUCAACCUUCGAGUUUAAUGUCUCAGAAUCAAUCCAUUCUGUUGAAGUCUAUAAGAGAACUUGACAAAAUAAAUGACGUCCUGAACGUCAACAUUAACGACACGGGUAACAACCUUUUAUACACCCACACCUUAACAACUCGAUCGCAGAACUAUCGUCAGCUGAAGAUUCGUUACCUCUCGAUUGAACUGCAGGUACGGCCUCUUUCAGAAAAGGGAUUACUUAUGUUCGUGAGAACAUUCGACUCGAACGAACAAAGGCAAGGCUUCAUCAGUCUCUCUCUACAAGGCGGUGUAAUCGAGUACAGGGUAUCGUCGGCCCAAAUGCAGACUUCAGUCGUCCGAAGUAAUCAUGUUCUGGCAAUUGGAGAAUGGCACAAUAUCAAAAUCGUCAAGUACGGUAAACGGCUGAGCCUAUGGGUUGAAGGUAAGAGCACAUCUACGCUUGGAUCGGUCCGUGAAGAAUUCAUCAACCCAAACAUGAAAGUGUACUUCGGAGGACUGCCAGACUUAUCCGAACUACCCUUUGACGCCAUCUCCGGAUUUCCAAUUCCAUUCCGAGGUUGCAUCAGAAACGUCAACCUGAAUGGCACUCGACUCACACUGAACGAAAGCAGUAUCGUAGAAUCAAGAAACGUUAACGACUGCGACGGUACACCCUGCGGAGGCGAUAUCUGCACGAAAGGUGGUCUCUGUUGGCUGGACGAGUAUUCGCAGCCACAUUGCAAAUGCCCAGAAUUCUCCAAGGGAGUAAACUGUGAAAUUCAAGAAUCUUGUGAAAUAGUGCAGUGUCGUAACAAUGGACAAUGUCUGAAAAAUGGGCGUUGUAGUUGUGCGAUAGGAUGGACGGGGUAUUACUGUGAAAUAGCGACAACGAAAUUUUCUGCCUUAGGAUUCAACGAUCGAAGCUACAUUCUGAUACCUUCGCAAAAGAUUAAAAUGAAGGACAAAAGAAACGGUGAAUCGAUCAGCUUUAGUCCUCGAUUAGAACUACAGAUAUCGUUCAACAUUUCCACACUUGAUGAUGGUGUUGUAUUCUGGACCACCGAUCGGAACUCCAGAUACUUUGGAGUUGGUAUUCAGAACGGAUUCAUUACUGUCGCUAGCAACAUGGUACAGGAAACAGAGAAUCCAACUGUCUCGACGAAUCCUUGGAAGGCUUAUGUUGCUGACGGAGACUGGCACAACGUGAAGAUAGAUACUGAAAAUGGAACCGUACAAGUCCUGGUGGACGGUUAUCCACUAUUUAGUGAAUUGAGAAUAUGGUCGAAUGCGAUGGAAUCUGAAACAGAUCUCAGAUACACCUCUGAUGAAGCAUCAUAUCUGGGUGGAUUUCCCGACGAAAAUAUACGAAAUCGAACGUUUGGAAAAUUUUCGGCCGCUUUUAGUGGAUGCAUACAGGAUAUCUAUCUGGGGAAUAAUGUUGAUACAGCUGAUUACACGACGUAUCAAGGGGCAAAUAUCAACGAGUGUGAUGUUUAGAUUUGUGUAUCAGAGAAAAAAAAAAGUCUUCAAAAAACAUCUAGAGAUAUUUUUUAAUUAUUUAACACUUUGCUUGGAAAGUUAUCAUUAUGUUAUUUAUUAAGGCCGGGAACAUAUGAAUAUAUAACUUAUUAUGCAGCCAAUAGUUUCUUAUUUUAAAAGUUAUGUCCAUUUAUAAAUAAUGUAUUACAUCCACCAAGGAAAUAUUUGUAAUAUUGUGGAUUAAUUACAAGUGACUCGAAAUAUGCAUCUUCCCACGACACAUUCUCUUUUUAAUUUUGAUUUCUGAUAGCAACUUUCAAUGUACAAAAAAGUUAACUCAAAUAUUUAUUCUGACUUUCUACUAAUUGAAAAUUAAUCGGGAAAAUAACUACCACGCGAAUAGAGUGCAUUAUGUGUAUGUAUUAGGAAAAUGUACUUACAGAAUCAUAUAAAAGGGGGUCUCAGUUUCAAUAUUUCGGCAUAUUUGGAUAUAAAAAUAUGGUCGUUUCUGUAACUCAUGAACGCUACAACUUGUGCUCAAAUCGAAAAUUGAUCAGCAUCUCAAUCAUCGAACUAAAUUGUUUAAUUUAUUUUAGUGAACUCCAAUGUUCUGCAGUCUAACAUGUUCAAUUAAUAAAUGAAUUAUCUUCUUCAUAAGCUAAAUAGUUUAUAACACAUCCCGGCAGUAGACAUUAGUUUUCGUUAGCAAAUUAUUCUACAUGAUGAUGCCAUCCAUACUGUAACUAGUUUCAUACGCACAUUGGAGAACGAAGCAGCGGGCUCAACAAUUCCUACGUAUCGAUAUAGGCAUUAUACUAAGGUCGCAUUUUAAAAUUUGGAGUAUUAAACCUUUUCGAUGAAUAAGACAUAGACAUAUUUGUGUACUAGUUCGUGACUACAAAUUCGUUUGUAACAUAGUUGAAUGAAUAAACAAAAAGUAAUGAG